UUACGUCACAUAGAAAUUAGUACCGGAACACGUGUGUUUGGUGGUGAAAAUACGGCGAACGGUGUUUAAAACAGCUGUCACCCUUUGAUGUACUGCGAACCGGUACAUUCCAUCUCGCUUGUGCGCGCAUGCUCUGUGACCGGGACUCCUGCCCCUUGGCAUUUGAAAAUGGGGCGUAAUUGAAGACAAUAAAGCGUAACAUCGUUCAAUGCAGCGGUUCCAGGUUCAAAAUGCGAAUAUUGCGAUGGCGGAGCACAGAUUACUGUCAGACUCAGUUCAGUCAGUCGCUGUAGCGGCGUCGCGGGGUUACGUCGUGCCUGACCCACGCGCGAUUAUCCUGUACUUUUAGCAACUUCACUAAUGAGGUUCUGAUUGGAAAAGUUUCUUUCGGUCACCUUAGUCUGUUAACACCUCCCGAAACUUAUGACGGUUAUUAAGAAGAAGUUGCGUAAAUAUUGCCGAAGUUUGAAGUGGUAGUAACAUAACUUAGUUUAUUGUUGUGAUAAGAUUAACUUAUCGUUCUUGAGUUACGCGGUUAAUUCUGUAACUGAGUGACAGUUGGGUUUUUGAAAGCAAAUGAGAGUUUAAAAGUUGAGGGUAGUUAAACAAAUAAUGGCGCUCAGUUCUUUGACGCCGUCCAGCAUGCUGGGUGAGUUGGGUCGCCUGGCCAGCUGGUUGAAAGGCGACUGCAUCUCCGCUGAAGAAUACGCUGGAUUAGCAGUUACAGAAAAGCUGGAGAAUGUGCAGCUCCUGGACAAGUACAACCUGCGGAACCCGUCGAAGGGCACGCUGUACUUCGCCACCACACACCUCAUAUUCGUCGACCAUGAGAUGAGGAAGGAGACAUGGAUACUCCUGAUGCACAUAUCAUCAGUGGAGCGACUGCCGAUCACCACAACUGGGUCGCCACUCCUGGUCCGCACCAAGACGUUCCAGUCUGUGUUCUUCGUCAUCCCACGGGAGCGGGACUGCCAUGAAAUGCACCAAACGCUUCUCAGGCUGAGUCAACCUGUUCACAUAGAUGAGCUGUACUGUUUCCACUACAAGUCCACUCCAGACGACCUCCCGAAGUCGGCCGGAUGGAACUUCUUCGACAUACAGACGGAGUUCCAGAGGAUGAACGUCCCCAACGAGCAAUGGGUUUUAUGCACAGCUAAUAAGGAUUAUGAGCUGUGUGAUACAUAUCCCAGUGAGAUCUACGUACCCGCGCGCGCGUCGACCGCCGUAUUGCUGGGCAGCGCCAGCUUCAGAUCCCGCGGCCGGCUGCCGGCGCUGGCGUAUCUGCACCACAACAAAGCGGCCAUUGCGCGCUGCAGCCAGCCUCUAAGCGGGUUCUCUGCUAGAUGCAUGGAAGACGAACAGAUGCUGGACUUGAUCCGGCGAGCGAACCCCAACUGCGGUUAUAUGUAUGUCGUCGACACACGGCCGAGGAUAAACGCAAUGGUGAACCGGGCAGCGGGAAAAGGCUACGAGAACGAGGCGUUCUACGAAAACAUCAAGUUCCAGUUCAUGGGCAUAGGCAACAUCCACGUGAUGCGCAAGAGUUUGCAGAAACUAGUUGAGACUUGUGAACAAAACAGUCCGACCAUGUCUUCCUUCCUCAACGGCUUAGAGUCCUCGGGGUGGCUGAAACACAUAAAGUCGAUUCUAGACACGUCUUGGUGGAUCGCGUGCGCAAUAGAGUCGGGUGUCAGUGUGUGCGUUCACUGUAGCGACGGCUGGGACCGCACGGCGCAAGUGUGUUCCUUAGCGGCGCUGUGCCUCGAGCCGCACUACCGCACCAUCAACGGCUUCCAGGCGCUAAUCGAGAAGGACUGGCUGUCAUUCGGGCACAAGUUCACGGCGCGCUGCGGGCACGUGGCGUGCGACGGUCGCGAGCGCGCGCCUGUAUUCACCCAACUUUUGGACUGCACGUGGCAGCUCACGCGGCAACGGCCGGAGGCCUUCCAGUUCAACGAGCGAUUCCUGUUGACGCUCCACGACCACGCGCACGCGUGCCAAUACGGCACCUUCGUCGGGAACUGUCAGAAAGAUCGCCGGGACCUCAGGUUAUCGGAGCGAACGUUCUCGCUAUGGGGCUACAUGGCGAACCACCUCCACGAGUACAAGAAUCCGUUAUACAACCCCAAAGCUCACCCUGAUGUCUUGAAACCGGACCUUAGCGCGCAAAGCAUAAGGUUCUGGCGCGGCAUGUACUGCCGGCACGAGAGCGGCGUGCACCCGCGCGAGCCGCUGGGCGACCUGCUGCCCGCCGCCGUGGAGCACUGCUCCGCGCUCGAGCACCACAUCAGCUACCUGGCCAGGAGGAUAACGACCUUCAAGAACCUUCUAUCAGGCAAGAAGGCGGAGAAAUCCAAAGAAACCGCAGUGGUCAACUACCAGAACGGCAACGUGAACACUGUGGACAUUGAGACGAAGACAGACGCACUGCAGAUCGACAACAAAUUGCUGUACGAGUCUGGCGGCACUCUCUCGGAGCUGGAGUGCGCGAACCACGACCACCCGCUGAAGGACGUCUCCCUCACCAAGCCCUCCAAGAUCCCUCUCAUCACUGAGAGGGCGGACGACAGCAUCCCAGCCAGCCUGGCGGCUUUGGAUGCGGAGGUAGGCAGCGUGGCGCUGGACUGGCGCAGCAUCAAGCACGUCACCGAGUGCUCCUGCUCCACGCCGCUCGACCACUUCAGCAGGAAGGUAACUGAGGACCGUGGUCUCAGAGGCCACAGCAUCCCGCCAGCCUGGCGCUGGACUGGCGCAGCAUCAAGCACGUCACCGAGUGCUCCUGCUCCACGCCGCUCGACCACUUCAGCAGGAAGGUAACUGAGGACCGUGGUCUCAGAGGCCACAGCAUCCCGCCAGCCUGGCGCUGGACUGGCGCAGCAUCAAGCACGUCACCGAGUGCUCCUGCUCCACGCCGCUCGACCACUUCAGCAGGAAGGUAACUGAGGACCGUGGUCUCAGAGGCCACAGCAUCCCGCCAGCCUGGCGCUGGACUGGCGCAGCAUCAAGCACGUCACCGAGUGCUCCUGCUCCACGCCGCUCGACCACUUCAGCAGGAAGGUAACUGAGGACCGUGGUCUCAGAGGCCACAGCAUCCCGCCAGCCUGGCGCUGGACUGGCGCAGCAUCAAGCACGUCACCGAGUGCUCCUGCUCCACGCCGCUCGACCACUUCAGCAGGAAGGUAACUGAGGACCGUGGUCUCAGAGGCCACAGCAUCCCGCCAGCCUGGCGCUGGACUGGCGCAGCAUCAAGCACGUCACCGAGUGCUCCUGCUCCACGCCGCUCGACCACUUCAGCAGGAAGGUAACUGAGGACCGUGGUCUUAGAGGCCACAGCAUCCCGCCAGCCUGGCGCUGGACUGGCGCAGCAUCAAGCACGUCACCGAGUGCUCCUGCUCCACGCCGCUCGACCACUUCAGCAGGAAGGUAACUGAGGACCGUGGUCUCAGAGGCCACAGCAUCCCGCCAGCCUGGCGCUGGACUGGCGCAGCAUCAAGCACGUCACCGAGUGCUCCUGCUCCACGCCGCUCGACCACUUCAGCAGGAAGAUAUAGUCACAACAGCAAACUAAGAAUCGAAUAUAGAAAAUCGUGUACAUAAUUAUGAAGAAACUUGCUUAUUCUACGGAUUUUUGUGAACAAAUGUUGAAAAGAAUUCGUGUAAAAAUACGUCCUACAGUAAUGCAUUUACUGAUAAUCCAGCAGAUUAGUUCUUGCUAUUAAUACGAGUAAAUUGUAGACUUCAUUUUAAUGAUUUCUCCAAAUAACACUACUUUGAUGAUGUUUUGUGUGUAUAUCUUAUCUGCCACGAUUCUUCCAAAGAUUUUGCACAUAGAACACAAAUUAUGACGUCACUUGUUUGUCAAAUCAACACAACAACAACAACUCGCACAUUCACUGCGGGCGCCCGUCGCACAGUCGCGACAGCGACAUAAUUACGCGCGAGCGAUAGGAAUGGGUAGCUUGGGGUCAUUGGACGGGAUUCUACGUGCUCACGGACCAGGCUUUAUCUAUCGACUUCACAGCAACUAAAAGUACUAAAAACUAAUAUAAGUGUAGUUACUGUGUUUUGGAACCAUUCUCUAAUGGACUCAGCCCCCCAAUUAGACAAUUGAAAUGUUGAGCCAAACUUUGACCUAAUCCAAUGUAGAAGCAUCAUAGCGCUGAGUGUGAGUUUAUAAUCAAACGUCUUCACUAGUGAGCGAGUUUUGAGCUGACACUGUAGGUUUGUUGUCGACACGAAAAGAAGAAGUGAGCGCGUUAAAAAAUAUAUGAAAAUGUUAGUUCUUGAAAGUUUCCGCUAGGGGCGCUGUACAAUCCGUCAUACAUUUAAUGUCACUUUUUUACGCAGAUGACAUCGAAUGCGCUUGACGUAAACCACUU